AUGCCCUCCGUACUUCUCGGUUAUCCAGAAGAAGGCACUCCUGAUGAUAAUGCUACUGCCGGCGACAGUUUUGUCGGAGGCGGGUUAUUGUCGUUCAGUAGGCCAGAGAAGUUCCCGCCGACAGUUCACUGCCCAACAUGUCAAAACCCGAUGUCAUUCAUUUUGCAACUAUAUUGUCCUGUGAAUGACUUAAAACAACAUCGUUUUCUCUACUUCUUCUGCUGCCUCUUGAGCGACUGUCAGAAGUCGGGUUUGUGCUGGCGAGUUUUUCGUCAUCAACAAACUGGCUCUCUUCUCCAGACUUCAGACAACCAGACAUCGACCUCCGACUGGGGCCUUGGAGGGGACGGUGACUCCUCGGAUGGCGAGUUAUGGUGUGAAGAAAAUGCCAUGGAUCCAAAAGAGAGCUCAGCCCAGGCCGAACAGUCUGCUGCCUGUGAACCAUCUUACGCCAACGAUAAUUUCAGGAGUCCGUUUAUACGCCAAUUUAUUAAUGUUUACGAGGAGGAGUCAGCGGCGCAGGAGGAAAUAGAUGUUGGCUAUAGUUUCGAAGAAUGGAUUCUCAACUAUCAGGCCGAAAACGAAUUCAUUGAAGAGGAUGACAAUGCGAUCAGUGAUGGUGAUAGGCUGUCUACUGCCUUCGAGAUCCAUCUUGCUACCCGCGGUGACUACGGCUGCGAAGCUGUCCGUUACUCUUGGUGUGGGCAGCCAGUCUUUGCAAGAUCCCCCAGGCCGGACUGGAAGCCCUUCUUUACCUGCCCUCACUGCCUCGGCGAACGCGUUUUUGAGGUCCAAAUAUUCUCCACCCUAAACAGUUAUCUUUUAACCCGAAUGGACCUGAAAGCUCCACCAAAAUGCGAGUGGCCGCUAGAUAUGUUGUCCGUCCUUGUGUUUACCUGUAAAUCCGCCUGUUGGCGUGAUUCUGAUGACUUCAGUCCUUUGAUUGAAGAAGCGGUGUUGACGCAGACAGAAGAUGGAAAAAGUGUUUUUCACGAUCCAAAUAAAAGCUCCUUCUAA